UACAUAAAUUUCUGUUUUAACUUUUUCCACUUCACUUUUUGAGGUUAUGUUAAAGGCGAUGGAAGAAAUAAAUGUAAAAUUGGGUGUUAAAACGAUAUUGUCACGUAUAGAGGAAGCGUGUAAUCGUCGAAAACCUGAAUUACAAGGAGUGAGUCCACAAUUGGUUGCAGUAAGCAAAACGAAACCUGUCUCAAUGAUAAUCGAGGCUUACGAAGCGGGACAAAGACAUUUCGGUGAAAACUAUGUUGGUGAAUUAGUAGAAAAAGCUUCGAAUGCGGAAAUUUUAGAGAAAUGCAAAGAAAUCCGUUGGCACUUCAUUGGAAACUUACAAACUAAUAAAGUCAAUAAAGUCUUAUCGAUUCCUAAUUUGUACUUAAUUGAAACUGUUGAUGAUGAGAAAUUAGCUAGUAAAAUAAAUAGUGGUUGGAGUAAAUAUUGUAGGGAAAAGAACAAAUUAAAGGUUAUGAUUCAAGUUAAUACAAGUGGAGAGGAUGCUAAAAAUGGAACAAAUCCUGAUAAUGUCGUAACUUUGAGCAAAUUUGUUAUUGAAAAAUGCGAAAAUCUUUGUUUCGAUGGCUUAAUGACAAUAGGACAAUUUGGUUACGAUUUAUCUCAAGGUCCAAAUCCGGAUUUUCUUUUGUUGAGUAAAUGUAAAGAUGAUGUUUGUACUAAUUUGGGAUUGGAAUGGAAAAGUGUUGGGUUAUCAAUGGGAAUGUCUGAUGAUUUUGAACAUGCUAUUGAGUUGGGAAGCACAAAUGUAAGAGUAGGAAGUUCUAUUUUUGGACACAGAGUUAAAAAAGUGUGAAGAAUUUCCAAAUCCUAGAACAUAUUGCGAAGUGUAUAGAAGAAUGCCUAAUAUUAAAAAUUAUAAGUUGUUGAAAUAAUAACCUUAUUAAAGAAUGUUUCAAUCUUUAAAGUGGUAUUUUCCAUUUAAAAGUACGAUAAUAAAUUAAUCUCGAUAACAA